AGCACACAUUGAGACUUUUAAACGGACAGAUCCGCGCUGAAGCGAAACAAAAACAUUCACGCAAGAGAAAUGGCUUUGAAUUGACAGUCGUGACAUGUGAUACUAGGUCUGAAUAAAUGAGUCCAUAAAGGCUGUCCCACGUGAAAAGAGUGGGCUCAAGGGUAACGCGAUGCCGCCCCUUUAAAACGCCGCCCGCUUGUAUUGAGAAGCGCGCGGAUGCUGGAGUGCACCUGCUCCGUGUUAACACACCUGCUGGGGCUUCCUCUCAGCGUUAAAUGAAGCAGCUUGAAACGAGUCAUUUUGAUACCUCUCGACUCGUGCGGAAGCAGCAAGGAGUUAACCAGGAGCUUCAUUUAUUAGCCUACCCACGGCAGGCGUGCUAACAGACGGGGCCUUUAUGAAAGUGCUGUUUCCGGUUUAUUCUGUCGUUCGGCCGGAGAAGCGGUAGUGUUUAAGGCAGGAUGCCGGUGCAGAUUCCGGACGACGCAGAUUUCGCGUCUUUCAAGGAGCAGUGCGAAAGCGAGGAGGGCUGGAUACAGCGCUACAACAAGGCUGGGGUGUCGGUGUGGUGCCGAGACGAGGAGACCAAAACAGUGCAAAAACUUAAGAUGAGUAUUGUGUGCAAGGAUGUCAGUGCAGAAACACUGUAUGAUGUCUUGCAUGACACAAGCUACCGAAAGAAAUGGGACACCAACAUGAUCGACACAUUUGAUAUUGCAAGACUGACAGUCAAUGCAGAUGUCGGCUAUUACUCCUGGAAAUGCCCGAGUCCACUGAAGAACAGGGAUUUUGUCACCAUGCGUUCAUGGCUUCCUCUUGGCAAUGACUACUUGAUAAUCAACUACUCCGUGAAACACCCGCAAUACCCACCAAAGAAAGACUAUGUCAGAGCUGUGUCUUUACUCACUGGAUACUUGAUCCAGUCCAAUGGAGCAAACUGCUGUACUCUUUACUAUUUAACACAAGUGGAUCCAAAAGGUUCCUUACCUAAAUGGGUAGUGAACAGAGUCUCUCAAUUUGUGGGGCCGAAGGCCAUGAGGAAGAUCUACAAAGCGUGCCUGAAGUACCCUGAGUGGAAACGGAAGCAUGACCCUAACCUGAAGCCGUGGAUGUUCCCGGAGCAGAACACACUGCCAUGCAUGAGUGCUUCUGAGCUCACUGUGCAGAGAGCAGAUUCACUGGAGAAUAUCGAUGAGAGUGGCUUAAACGAGGAUAAAAUCCAGCACCACAGCGAAGAUGAGGAAACCUAAACCCCCAGACUCUCCUUUUACAUGAGUGUGCAUGUAUGUGGGAGCGUGUGAGGAAGUCCGUGUGCAUUGUUUUACACCGGUAGUUCUGCAGAGUAUGACUUGUUAGUUUUCAUCUGCAUCUUAUGCAUGCUUUGCUAUGCAUUGCUAAUGACCAUUAUGGUGCUCCUUUCAAGGUUCUUGACAUAUUAAUGAUUGUGAUUGUUUGCACUACCAAUCCCAUUUUAAUAGAAUUGCACAUAUCAUUAAUACAAGUUUGAUGAUUUUAUUCACAAUGAGCGCUCUCAUACAUGAACACAAUUGGGCACCUAAUUGGGGGGGAAAUUUUAAUCUUUGUUCUACAGUUGCAACACUUUUUCCAGUCAACUUUUCUGUGAGUGAGCAUUGGUUUUGUAGUGUGCUUUAAGGUUCGAUAAUCUCCAGUCUUUUUUUUCCCCCUGAUAUUUCUCAAAUCGAUGACUGUGAAUCAAAUGUCACACUUCCAGUAUAGGUUUCAUCUGGACAUUUACAAUCUCAUUUCCAGAGCACUCAACCUGUGGGAAGUGAGAGUUCUUCAGAACUCUGUGGCUGGCUGCAGGGAUUUUUCACUUCAAUAUCUUUACCUAUGCAUCAGUAAGAUCUCAGGAGUUGUAAAAAGCAGUACUGUCUACCUUUCUCAUGUGUGUUUCUAUCUCUCUGAUGACUUUUUCCCUAUUCAUUUGUGAAUCGACAUCUUUGUCUUGUACUUUGGGAAUGAUUUUAUGCAUCCAUGUAUUUGUUCCAUGCCAUUCUCAUAGAGGAUUGGAGCAUGCAUUUUUUUUCUAUAAGACUCUUUCACAUCGAGUCAAGCAUGCUUAGACACAAUUGUCAUUGUAUCUCAUUGACACUUAUAUUUAUAUAUUUAUAUAUAUAUAUAUAUAUAUAUAUAUAUAUAUAUAUAUAUAUACGCACACACAUACAUAUAUAUAUAUAUAGAUAGAUAGAUAGAUAGAUAGAUAGAUAGAUAGAUAGAUACACACACUCACACAUAUAUAUGUGUGUAUAUAUAUCAUUUCUUUGUGCAUGUACCAUUUAUAUUCAUGGUUUGGCUGAGCCUUUGAAACGUUGUUGUACUGUUUUGAGCUAGUCUUUCAGUCUCAUGUGGACUUUUAACCUCCUGGGGAAAAAAGCAGUUUUAAUUACUAUUUGAUUAGCAUGACAAGGAAUCUUUUUGAGACUGUCUAGUACUUUGAAAUGAGUGUGAAAUGUUAACACAAAGAGAUUUUGCUUUUCGUUUCUCCUCCAUUUGGCAAGAAAGGGAGGUCUGUGCCUGCCUCCACUCUUUUUCCAUCCCAGCUGGCCACCACUCCUCAAACUCUCCAUUGUCUCCGACACUUCCUGCUUCCCAUUUGGAGCAGUUCCUGCCUGCAUCAGUCAGAUUGUUCUGCAGGGAAGGAAACUGCACAAAUCAGGCCUCUCUGGCUUCUCACAGCACACUCCUGUUAAUUUUACAGCAUGUAUGGGUUUCUUCACAUCCUAUUUUAAAAAUGUUAUAUUUUCUUAAAUAAAGUGUAUUUCCCUGUGUCUGUGAUGUAAUGCAAUGUUUCUCAUUGUUGACAUCCAGUUGAGUUUCUGGAGUUCGUGGAUGAAUUCGUGCAAAUUUGUACAUGGUACAUUUUCAAAUUAUAGUACAUUUCAAAUUUAAGCUAUGUGUUUGUGUGUGACUGUCAAUCUUACCAAAGAAUAUAACUACUUUCUACAGAC